UCUGUGCGAGGUUUGGCGUGUGUGCAGUCGAAAUAGUCAAGUGUGCUUGCCCUUCCGCCCAACCCUCCUUUCUCUUUCGCCUCCAAACUCCUGGGUCUCUCGCGCCUCUUUUUCUCCACGUCUUCGAGAAGCUCUCCUCUCCCUCACCACCAAGUGCUUGCUUGCUGGCUCCUCGUCUCCAUCUUCUUCAUUCGCGCCUCAACAUCCACUUCCCUCGCAUGCUCUGACCCAUCGACGCCCUCCAUCCCAUCGACUCUCCUCUUUCCACCCUCGACGCCGCCGCCAUUGGUCUCUCUCUGCAAUCCCCUGCCUGUGUCACCAUCACCAUCACCACCCCAAUUUACUACCCGCGACGGCAUCCUCACCAGACGCUCGAUAUAUCCAACAACAGCGACCACUACAACAGCCUCCACACAUACACACAUGCCCACCUAGCUACCACCCAUACGUCACCCAGCUAGGUACAUGCAAACCAGCUGCUGCGCGCCCUCUCUCUGUGAUCCUCUCUCACCGUCUAUCCAGCUCACCUACACCCUCAAUCUCCCUCACCCGCUUGCUUGCCUGAUCGCCUGCUCCCUGCCGACCGAACCCACACCAGCCCAACCAUCCAAGCAAGCUAAAGAAGAAGAAGACGACCACCCAAAAAAAAGCCAACAGUAGUGCUGCGCUGCACUGCAUUGCACCUGCACCUGCGCCUGCACCUGCACUCCGCUGCACGGCACUGCGCUGACCUGCACGGCCUGCACCCGAUCCCGCUCAUCGCGGCCCGCCUUCAUUGUACCACCGCCUGCCAGCCUGCCAUUCCUCUCUUUCCCCCGCAACCUUGUGUCACCACCGCCAUCACCACCUCCUGCUCGUAUUAGCCCUCCCCAAAACCACCGCCAGCAUCUCCCCGCAGCCUCUUCACCUCCUGCCCUCUUGCCUUACCUUGUGCUGCUCUACCCCUCCUCGCCGUCGCCAUGUUCCCGCACCAGGGCGGCCACGGUCAGCUUCCAACCCAUUGGCAGCCGCCCACUUCUCAGCAGCCUGCCAACGGCUCCUAUCCUCCGCCCCCAACUCACCAUAUGAGCUCCUCGCAUCCCCCUCCGCCUCCCCCUCAGCAAGACACACGCUCCGACAUGGCCGCUCAUCAGCACCACCAGCAACAGCAGCAUCAACAGCAGUCCUACCACCUGCCAGGCCCCCAUGACUGGAACCGAGGGCCGCCUCCUCCCGAUCCCUACCGGGCACAACCUCCCCCUCCACCUCAGUACAUGAACCAUCAACCACCUGCCCCACGACAGCGGACUGCCAUUGCCUGUCGCUACUGCCGGAGACGCAAGAUUCGAUGCUCCGGCUUCGAGGCCACCGACGACGGUCGCUGCGGCAAUUGUGUAAGAUUCAACCAGGACUGCAUCUUCACUCCCGUCUCUGCCCAGACCCAAGCCUUUGUGCCAGCUCAUACCGUCUGGCGCGGCGUCGGUCAACCCCCGCCCAUGUAUGGUGCUUACGGCCAGCCGCUACCCCCAGCAGCGCAAGCUGAGGGUUAUGGUCAACAGUCGCAACCGCGCCAGCAGGCGUAUUUGCCCAGCCCUACCGGCGCUCCAGCCACUUCUGCCACUUCAUACUCCAGCGCUCCCCCACCACCCGGUUCCCAACCCUAUUACGCUCCCCCACCCCAGCGCCGAGCGUCCCCCCAGAGCGCCUACUCCUAUGAUGCGAGUCGCGCUUCAUCUUCACCACAUACUCAAGCCCCGCCCACUCCCGGCGCCACUCCAUACUAUCCUCCUCCACAGCCCAACGGCGCAUUGCAGCCGCCACCUCCUCGAACCGACGGCAGCACUCCACCACCCCCUCCCCCAACUUCGCAACCCGCAAGCAGGCCCAGCAUGCGCAUCAACGAUCUCGUCAGCGACAAUGGACCCCAGCGCAGCUCCACCGACUCCAAUAUGCUUAGCAUGUUGAAUCGCCGUCCCAUGUAA